ACGCACUGUGAGGGGGAGAACUUGGAAAGGGAGCGUGCUGUGAGGGGAGAACUUGGAAAGGGAGCGCGCUGUGAGGGAAGAGCCUGGGAAGGGAGCGCGCUGUGAGGGGAGAACUUGGAAAGGGAGCGCGCUGUGAGGGAAGAGCCUGGGAAGGGAGCGCGCUGUGAGGGGAGAACUUGGAAAGGGAGCGCGCUGUGAGGGGAGAGCCCGGGAAGGGAGCGCGCUGUGAGGGAGCGGAGGCCGGUGAGGGCAGGGAAGGGCAGAGCAGGGGGAGAAAGGCGUGGUGUGCAAAGGAUGGACGGGGCGGCCGGAGCAGAAGGUGUCCCGGGUGUCCCAGGGCCCAAGAUGGCGUUGGCGUGGGGCGAGGAAGGCGUGGGAGCCGGGGAAGCGGCCAGGGGAGAAGCCCCCCAGGCCGAGGGGGCCAGCGACCAUGGCCAGGUGGCCGGAGGGGCGAAGGAAGGACCGCCUGAGCCCGCGGAAGGGCCCGGCCCGGCCCGCCGGCCAAAGCCACAGCCCCCAGCCGACAGAAAAAGGAAAAUGGCCCUAACCAGUUGUGAAACUUGUGGCUCAGAAGAAGCGAAAUACAGAUGUCCCCGUUGUUUAAAAUGUUCUUGCAGUUUGGCCUGCGUGAAGAAACAUAAAACAGACCUCAUGUGCAGUGGAAUUCGAGAUAAGACUGCAUUUGUUUCCAAAAAGGAAUUCACUGAUAUGAAUCUUCUGAGUGACUAUCGAUUUUUGGAAGAUGCCGGAAGGUCAGCUGACUGUGCCGCUAGAGAUAUUUUCUUGAAAAGACCGUCAACACACAAAUUUCUAAAUUAUAUGAAAAACCGGGCCAGAAGGCUGAACAUUGACCUGAAAAUUUUACCUAUUGGAUUCACCAAAAGGAGAGAGAACUCAACAAUGUUCAAUAAGAAGGAGCAGCGGUUCUACUGGCACUUGAAGCUCCUGUUUCCUCAGAGUAAUGCUGAAUACACAGAAAAAAGAGUGCCAGAAGAUAAAACGCUUCGUGAAAUCCUAAGAACCUACAUUGAUCCUGAAAGAUCUGAUCCAGUGAUCCGUCAGAGAUUGAAAGCCUACACUUUGUCUCAGGCAGAUAUACAGAUUUUAAUGAAGAUCGAAAACAUGCAGCAGAAUUUAGUCAGGUAUUGUGAACUGGAUUCUAGUAAAAGUCUCCUCGACAAUUUGAAAAACAAAGUGGUAAUUGAGUACCCUACCUUGCACGUGGUACUGAAGGGAUCCAAGAAUGACAUGGUGGUUCUUGGCCAAGAAAGAAGCAGAUGCGAUGCAAGCUGUAGCACUGAGAAUCCGGCGCUUUCUUCCGAGGAAGAGGGCGAAAUUCGCAAGUAUUCCUGAAAACUACCCGUUAGCUGACCUCGAUGGGGAGCCAGAAGGCAGCCGGUGUUCGGAUGUGCGUCCUUUCACCUUCAACUCCGGAAACAUCUUCAACGCAAGAACAUUUUAUUCCCAGUCGACGGUUCUUGAGAAAUAUGAUCGGCAGGGUCCUCGGUCACGAUGGUCAUCGUAACUUACUCUUCCCGACACCAGAUCUCUUAUUAAUCUCUACCCCUCAAAGUGCUUAAUGUAACGCACUGGAAAUAACAAUCUGGUCCUUCUUAGGAUCUUUUCAGAAAGACAGAAUGAGUCCCAACGGUCACCCGAAACCCCUACGACUUGGUAUCUUGCCCAGAGGGAUCACUUGGCGUGAGGAAUCCAGCCUCGCACGGGUUGGCCUGGAGAGGAUUUCUUGCUUGCCUGCAUCAAUCUAGAGGACAAAUGGCUGACAGAACCGCCUGUUCAGCACCCAAUAAGC